AGAUAUCCGCCCAAUCAGAGAUCGCCUGGAGAGCGGAAGGAAGUCUGCUCGGCCAAGGGGAUCACCCACGUGGAGGAACCUGCCCCGUUGCGUAGGAAAAGGGUAGUUGGAGCUAUGGGGCGUAAGUUGGAUCCGACCCGCAAAGUGAAGCGGGGUCCAGGGCGCAAGGCCCGCAAGCAGCGCGGAGCUGAGGAGGAGCUGGUUCGCUUCCUGCCGCCUGCUCCUGAGGAGGGCACAAGGAAACUCUCCAGUCAUGCUCGGCGAAGAGCUGCAAAGAGGCGAAUCAAAUGUGUGAAGUCCCAAACGGGCAAGAAUGUCCUUGAACUCCAGGAAUUGACAGCUGCAAAGAAAUUACUCUCAAGUGCAAAUGAGGGAGCAGCAUCACAAGAUGGCUCCCAACCGGGCUUCAGUGAUGACAAUGCUGCGUGGCUUACUCCUUCUGCCUCUAAGGAAAAGAGAUCCAGACCUGAAGAGAGUGAUGAAGAGAAUGAUGUGGCAUUCCAUGAGAGUGAUGAGGAUGAUAUAAGUGAGGAUGGGAUGAUGGACGACUAUGGAGCCUUGUCUGAUGAUGAAGAGGAACUCCUUCCUAUUGAACAAGCUGCCCAGAAGCAGAAGCUGGAGGGGGAAGGCUUCAGUGAAGACAGCAGUGAAGAGGAGGAGGAAGAUCCCCUACAACAAAAGCCAGAGGGAGAGCAGGAGCAAAACAAGGAGACAGACCUGCAGCUCAACCUAGAGGCAGACGAGCGCUUUGUGCUGCCCAGUGGGCAGGAGAUAGAGAAAGAAGCUGUUCAGCCCCCUGACCUUCAGCUCAUUCACCAGCGAAUCAAGGAGAAUGUAGAGGUGCUUCAGGACUUCAGUAGCAAGCGAGAGGAGGGUCGCUCUCGGCAGGAAUACCUGACCCUUCUGCAUCGGGACCUUUCUGCCUAUUACUCCUACAGUGACUUCUUGAUUGGAAAGAUGAUGGAGCUCUUCCCACUCUCUGAGCUGAUUGACUUCUUGGAGUCCAAUGAGGUUUCUCGGCCUGUGACCCUUCGCACCAACACGCUCAAGACGCGGCGCCGUGACCUAGCACAAGCCCUGAUAAAUCGGGGAGUGAAUCUAGACCCUUUAGGAAAGUGGUCUAAAACGGGACUGGUUGUGUAUGACUCCUCUGUGCCCAUCGGUGCCACCCCAGAAUACUUGGCUGGGCAGUAUAUGCUGCAAGGAGCAUCGAGUCUCCUCCCCGUCAUGGCUCUUGCCCCCCAGGAGAAUGAGCGCAUUCUGGACAUGUGCUGCGCCCCAGGAGGCAAGACCAGCUACAUAGCUCAGCUGAUGAAGAACACCGGUGUGAUCCUUGCUAAUGACAGCAAUGCCGAGCGGCUGCACAGUGUGGUGGGGAACAUGCACCGCCUGGGAGUCACAAACACUGUUGUAAGCCACUGUGACGGGCGCCAGUUCCCCAAGGUGCUGGGUGGCUUUGACAGAGUCCUGCUUGACGCUCCAUGCAGUGGCACAGGUGUUAUCUCAAAGGACCCCACAGUCAAAACAAAUAAGGAUGAGAAGGACAUUUUGCGCUGUGCUCAUCUGCAGAAGGAGCUGAUCCUCAGUGCCAUUGACUCGGUCAAUGCCGCCUCAGAGACUGGGGGAUACAUUGUCUAUUGUACCUGCUCAGUCAUGGUGGAGGAAAAUGAGUGGGUUGUGGAUUAUGCCCUGAAGAAGCGCAAUGUCCGCUUGGUGCCAACAGGUCUGGACUUUGGCAGAGAAGGAUUUACCAGGUUUAAGGAGCGUCGUUUCCACCCUUCCUUGAAAUCCACACGGCGUUUCUACCCUCACACCCACAAUAUGGAUGGCUUUUUUGUUGCUAAACUCAAGAAGUUUUCCAAUGCUAUCCCAAAGGCUCAGAAAGACGAAGAACCUCAAGGGGAGCCAGGUGUGCAGACAGAAAAAGAGGGAUCUGCUCCGGCUGCAGCUGAACCUCGGUUUCCAGGGAAGAAACAUGAGGAGUUGAAAGUUAAGAAGCAGACUGCAAAACUGGAAUCUUCUGCAGCAAUAGCAGCGAAAGUGCAGGUGAAGGGCAACUUGAAAAGUGACAAACAAAAGAAACGGCUGCUAGGCGCACAGCGAGGCUCCCUCCAGAAGCGGCCCAGGCCCAUGAAGGCUGCCCGGCCCUCCCAUGGGGGUCUGAGGGCUCAGCCAACUCCCAGCAAGAAGCGCAAGGUGCACCGGAGCCACCAAUAGGGGUGUUUUCUCCAGUAACUGCUGGCCAGUGCUAAAAAGACUGGUGGGAGAUGAUGUUGUCCAGGGCACUAGUUCUGAUGAGAGCUACGCUGGGUUGGCUCUCAUUCAUUCUCCUUCAUGCUGGGGCCUGCUUCCGACAUUUAAUUUACUUUUAGCCCUGUUUAAGGGCAGAGACUGUCUGAAUGAGACACUUCAGUCAUUAAAGAUUUUGCCACUU